AUGAUUUCUUUUAUAACUUUUGCUGUAAUAAACCUCGUAAUAAAUGUUUCGGCAACUCCUGUAGGCGAAUCAAUAGUAAAUAUUGAUGGGGUAGGACCCGUUAAAGGUUUAAUUCAAGAAUAUGGAGAUUCUUCUGGAGAUGUUUAUUUCCAGUAUCUGGGAAUACCUUUUAGUCACGCAGGACGUUUUGAAGUUGCUCAACCAAGUCCUCCAUGGACUGAGGUAUACGAUGCUACCGUGGAGGGAAAGGUAUGUCCUCAACCAACUGGUAAUAUUCAGUUUCCGUUUGGUGUCAGUGAAGAUUGUUUGGUUUUAUCAGUUACAUCACCACAGGAUCCUAAUGAUCACAGUUUACCUCUGAAACCAGUCGUGGUGUUUAUUUAUGGAGGUGUUUUUAUAAUCGGCACCUCCCAUAAAGAAUUCUACGACCCUGAAAUACUAGUAGGAGAAGGUCUGGUUGUAGUACAACCUAACUACCGCCUGGGAUCUUUCGGUUGGGUUACAGAUGGUUCAAUAAUUCCUAAAAACAUUGCUUUGAAAGAUGUAAGAUGCGCUUUGGAAUGGGUCCAAGCACAUAUUCAUGAGUUUGGUGGUGAUCCCAAUCAGGUGACCAUUUAUGGCGAGAGUGCAGGUUCUGUUAUUGUUUCUACAUUGUGGCAUGCACGACAACGCCUCAACAAUCUCUUCCAUGCUGUGUUUAUGCAAAGUGGCGUUGUUAUAACUCCAUGGGGUUUACAAAAACGACCAGACUUAGCGUUUCACAAUGUUCUGGUUAAAACUAGAUGUAUUUGCACGAUUGAUCAACCCGUGGAAGAUCAAGUUGAUUGUUUAAGGAGCCUAACAUAUGCGGAAUUAAAUAUUGAAGAUCUUUUGACUUUGGGAUUAAAUGAUAUAGCAGCAGCUGGGUUAUUAUCAGGGUUUAAUGCUGCAGUGGUUAUGGAAGAUGCUUGUGAUCCAGAUGCAAUUGUGAUAGAAGAUCCGUUACAACAGUUGAAAAAUGGAGAUAUCAGGGCUGAUAUGCCGUUGAUGAUGAGUAUAACCAAUGAAGAAGUGUUUACAUUUGCUCCUUUGGUGGAUACGGUAAGAACAAAAUCCAACGCUCAAAUUGUACCUUUCGGUAUGGAUGCAGCCAAUCCUAACUAUGUAGGUGGUUUGAUUAAAGGUCAUUAUGCGGGAAAUGAAUUACUUUGGGCAACAGCUCUUGACAUAACUUACAUGGAGUAUCUAGGUGAUUUAGCUUUUAAUUUCCCUGGUCGAUAUUUUGUGGAGUUGAUUAAGCCACACAUGGCUGCAAAUAUUUACGUUUUACAAUUCUCUUAUGCCAGUUUAAUGGGACGAUUAAACAAUCAGAUUAACAUGGUUGGACAUUCAGAUGACUUGAUCUACACAUGGAAAAUGGAAUUUAUAACUAGAGAAAGCAUUGCCAAAAUUGCUUAUCCUAAAGAAACUUUUCAAAAACGAAAAGAAUUUAACAGAAUGCUUUCUAACUUUGUUAAAUAUCAUAAUCCGACACCUAAUAAUGGUGAAGAUAUUGAUAUUUUGGGUGAUUUAAUAUGGCCACCUGUAACUGAUAUUGAAAUAUUUGAUUAUUUAAAUUUUGAUCAUAAGUUGACAAUUCAGCAACGACUAAAGGAUAAAAAUCAUCAAUUUUGGCUUGAUUUAUACACAAAAUAUGGAAGAGGUACAAUUUCUUUGUAA